AUGCCGCCCAAAGGGAAAAAGACCAAAGCUGAAGAAGCUCUCGAUUUCCUAUCCAACCUUGACAACCUUGACGCUCCAGGGGAUGAACCUAAUUCAUCAUCACCCGCCGCUCCCAACUCAGCUACCUCCGGAGGAUCAGCUGCACCCACUGGCGUCGUUGAAGGUACACCCAGAGGCUCAACCGAUAGUACUAGGAAGUCGACUUCGAAUAGGGAUACUGCAAGUACGAACAGCGCUAACGCCAAUGCGGAGGGAGACGAAGAAGCUCAAAAAGCUCUCGAUUUUUUGAAUGCUCAGAUCAAUCAGAAACGUACCAAACCUUUACCUUUAUCAUCAAGUACACCUAGAUCAUCCACUCCCGUUUCUACUUCUGCCGCGACUGUACCUCCUCCACCUGUAGCUGCAGCCGAACCUGCCAAUGUACCUUCUCAAUCACCCAAUUCGGGUGGAUGGGGCGUCUCGUCAUUCUGGUCAUCUGCUACAUCUGCAUUACAACAGGCGUCGAAAGUUGCCGAUGAGCAAUAUAAGAAAGUCAGACAGGAGGGUGUACAAGGUGUGACGCAUCAGUUGGAGAACCUAGGUGUGAAAGGUGUUACGGUACCUAAUGUGGUGGAUUUGAAUAAACUUAGGAAAGGGGCGGAAGAGAGAUUGGGUGGGAUUGUUAAAGGUGUAGAUUUAGAGAAGUUAAGACAAGACCUCGUCAAUACCACGACAUCCACUCUUACUUCAAUCCUCGAUACGGUCGCACCCCCCAUCUCAGCCCAUGAGACCUUGGAAUUAUGGUUGACGCACCCUAUGAUAGGAUACGGUGGUGUCGAGGGUGUGAUCUACAGAGCAUGGGUUAGGAUCCUGGAACAAACUGAAAGUGGUGAAUUGAUUAUCGUGUGGUCACCAGGUGAGAGAGAGGGAUCUUCAGCUGAGAAAGGAGAUCACGAUGAAGGAGAAGGGGAAGGUAGGAGUAUCAAUCCUAUUGAGGGAUGGGAGAAGGCGUGGGAAUUGGCGAAGAAGGACAUUGAAAGUGUUAAAGGGAGGGAGGAGAAGGAUCCAAAAGGAAGGAAUAAAUCACCUAAUCCUCAAGUGCCAGUGACUACCGUCCCGAUAUUCUUGCAUCUACAACCACUUCUCGCACCUCUCCCAUACCCCGAACCACCUAUCCACGCAUCAUCAUCCGCAACCGAGGCUCAGCCACCUAAACAUCUUUAUUUCUUGUUGACCUUACAGGACCCACAACAUUCAUUGAGCUUCACAACUAUCACUCAACCUUCUCCGAGUGAUUGGAUGGAUGUAGAGUACGAACAGUCGGAAUGGGUAGAAGAGAGGUUGGUGGAGAUCCUACGAACGGGUGUAGAGGUCAUUGCGCAGGAUUAUGUCGCGACUCGAAUGGGUCUAAAACCUUCUGCACCGACCGCUGCGGCAGUCACUACAGCUUUGGCCGAACAAGCUACUCAAGAGAAAGGAGCUGAAUCGACUGGUACAGAGAAGAAGUCUGACUAG